CCACGCUGCUGGUCCAGACCUCACCCUGAGGAGCGAGGCCCUGGAGAAAAGGCCCCGCUGGAGACCACUUAACCUGCCUUCCCUCCAUCGCCAUCCUAAAUAAUAGCAGCUGACACUUCUUGGGCUUCUGCUCUGUGCCUGGCACAGAGUGAAGCCCUUUGACAGCCAUCACCUCCCCGCAUCCAGUCCUCGCUGCUACUCGAUGAGUCUGCUGCAGAGGCGCCGACAUGGGGCUUAAGCUGUCCUGUCUGAAAGGCUUUAAAAUGUGUGUCAGCAGCAGCAGCAGCCAUGAUGAGGCCCCCGUCCUGAGCGACAAGCACCUGGAUGUGCCCAACAUCAUCAUCACCCCCCCGACCCCCACUGGCAUGAUGCUGUCAAGGGACUCCAGGCGGACAGUCUGGCUGGAUGAGACGGGGUCGUGUCCAGAGGAUGGAGAAAUAGACCCCGAAGCCUGAGGAGGAAGCACAAGUCGAGGAUUUGUCUGCACCAGCUCCUGCUCUGGCCAUCCCUCCUCUGUGUGUCCCCAGGGGGAUGUCGCUGCCUGGAACAGAUGAUGUGCUGAGUAUGUGGGAUGGGAAAACGGAGUGAUUCCGGCACUUGACCAGAAGAGGUGUGGCAGGAUGAGCAAGGAGUCAGCCCAACAUGCUUCCAGAACACUGUUUCCCUGGCCCCACUGAGUGGACCGUACCUCUAAUGCCUACACAUUCUUGCUGACCCCAGGGCCAUGGCGACGGCCAUCAGAGUACCAGGGAGAGGCUUUCUUCUGGACAGACACAGUCCUGGCACCCUGGGCCAUGCAGACGGUACCCAGGAGGUCAACACACACAGGAACUUCUUGCAAAGGAGUGGCUUCGUUUUUUACAAGUUGUUUUACAGAUAUCGAAACAGUCCAAAAAAUGAUUUAUAAUUUCUUUUUUGUGUUAUGAAUAAAGAUCCUCUGUAAUGAA